CUCAUCUUGCCGAAAACCUUCCAAUAGAUCACAUCUACUAUCUCAGCAUGCAGUGAGCUCCGCCCAAGUUGACACAACUCGUCUCAUCAAUCUUCACAGGCCCUCUAAAUUCACCCCCUUUUUGGAAAAAAACCCGUACACUUUUCACAAUGGAAACGCAGAGCGACGCCACCAAAGCCACCGACGCUGCCGAGGUCGUCGAGCCUCGACUCCAACAAUCCCCCGACGUCGCCCCAUCACGCCACGGAAAGAAACCAUCUCGGGUCGAUCUCCCUGGUAAAACCUACGCUGAGCUGAUCGCAAUGGCCAUCAAGUCAUCGCCCUCCCGAAUGAUGACGAUCGUUGAGAUUCAGAGGUUCUUUCAGGAGAACUUUUCUUGCUUUAGAACGUCCUAUCGAGGAUGGCACAAUAGUAUUCGACAUAAUCUAUCAGCCCGCGAAUGUUUUUACAAGGUACCCAUCUUAGACAAGAGUCAGAAAUGUCGCGUUCAUUUCUGGAUGCUGAAUCCCAACUGUUCCCACUGUCGCGAUGGCAACGGUCUUCUGGAAGAGGCACGCCAGUGGCGGAACAGGAGGAUGAUGGCCAAGCAGACGACCAGGAAACAACGACGUGGAUCAAAGAAGAACGGGUCGUCGACCACCAGGAAUGCUGACGGAUUGAACUCGAUAAUAGAGGUAGAGAACGGUAACGCCCGGCUCCCGUAUCAACCUUUCCCAUCGACAACUCCCCCUGUGCACCCGAUAGAGAUUAACACUACGGGCCAGUCAUGCCAUAGUCCUCAUCAAGCACCAUUACAUUACGAGUCUGGCUUGGAAUAUCACGAUUACCCAUUCACAUACCAUAAUCCCACCCAACCUUCUUGCCUCAAGUGCGGUGACGAAACGACCGGUGAUUGCGAAUACUGUGUGCUACUCGAAGUCGAUGAGGAGGAUGAGCCAACUCCGAUGCGCCAUUCGUCGUCGCCGUCGUCUUCAGCAGACUUCCUUACGAAAAGGAUUGUGAGUGAGAUGACGUCACAGGCGCGACCGCACUCCAGACUCUUCCGACUCUCCGUAAAGGAAGAGCCAAAUGAAUGGGACCUCCAAGACGGAUCAGUGCUAGAUGACUUCGUCGAUAGACGCGACCUACUUCCAACCGAUGACAACUUUGACGCGUCCGCCUACGACGUCGAAGGUCAAAUGACGGCUCCCCUGCACAGUCGACCAACAUCCACCCAUACAACGUUGUCGCCGUCAACCGUGCCGCCAUUGACGCCAUCGUCAUCUCCAACAUCGCCAGUGCAGUACCCGUUGGAUUUAUCUUGCCAGGGAUCUUUUGGUUCCAACGGCCACACCCAGCCACAAAGCAAACCAAACAACCCAAGAUACCAUGCAUAUCAUCCCAAUCUUGUCUUCACCGCCGCAUCUUCAGUUCACUCCAAUGGGAAGCGCACCUUCCACGAACAAGGUUACCCCUCUGCUCAGUGCAGUCGACAACUUAAAGAUUCUUAUUGCUAUGGUGACGACAGAUUAGGAGGUGUCUUCCGCUAUCCAUCUGGGGAUGUGGUCAGUGAUGGCGAUCAGAUCAGGGAUGAUGGAAGAACUUCUAAGUUGACUGAGUUCACGGUGAUUCAUGGACAGGAAUUCAUCCAUCGAUCUAAAAAUGACCGACAACCAACCCAAGACCUGAACCAACUGGCUUCUCUUCGCACCAACUUCCAAGGUCAGUGGACACCACCUCCUUCUCCUUUUGCCAUGGGAUCACCACCUGAUACACACCAAACAUCGCGAUGCCCUGGCGGAUUGCACGCCCCUUUCGCCCAUUCACCCCAACAUUCUUCUCUGAUGUAAACGUUAUUUUGGACUUCGACAGAGAGGGCGCUCUUCCCAUGGUCUUCUAUGACUUUAAACUAGUAUCUCUUUAUGAUAGAUCAUCAGCAUCUAUGUCUGAUAUUUUCCCCGGACAAGAAAUGUAGCUAUAGGUCUCUGUUGAGGGUUGAAGAAGUGUAUUCUGUGUAAGUGGAUUCGAAAUGGCACUUAAAUCACGUUGCCAAUGCUCUUCUAUGAAAUGAUUUAAAAAAUACUUUAAGAUUCCAAACACUUCCGUAAUAAAGGUCACGAUCACGAAUCAAGUUUUCUUUCAAAAGCAGCAUGUUUCAUUAAAUCCAAACAAUUAAUGAUAAAAGUGAGAAAAUGUGCUUAUAUCAAAUAUUGUAUCGGUACACUACGAUGGAAGCCUCGCUCACCGGUAAAGCAGUAAUAUCAAAGGUUUAUUUCCAAUUCGUCCAAAUGCCAACUCGUCUACUAUCAUUUUGUCUACCGUCAGUUCGUCCACUCACCAUUUUUUCCAAUAACCAGUUGGUCCAAUAAAAGUUUAGUCCAUAUACCAAUUUGUCUAAUUGGACUAAGUGUUAAUUGUAAAAGAAUGAAUGAAAAUGAAAUUGAUACGAGAUCAACUGGUUAUGAGACGAAGUGAUGAUUGGAUCCCUUAUUGGACCAAAUAAUAAUGAUAAUAAUGUAUACACUUCAGUUAGGAACCAGCAGGCCUUGCACAACAAUGUUAUUAUUACCCUUCUCCAAUCUAAAUGCUGAGCGCCUAUAGCAAGAAGGCAGAAGGUCCCAUUUGUAUAAGUCUUUGGUAUGACUCAGCCGAGAAUCGAACCCCCGACACACCGUUCAUGAGGCGGACGGAAUGACAUUAGACUAAAUGAAAGUAAACCAUGUGGUGAGUGGACGAGUUGUCAGUAGACGAAUUGGUAAUUUACCAUAUCAAAAUAUUCAAGGUAACGACUUAAUUUCAUACUACAUGGUUUAAUUUUAUAACUGCAAUAAAAGCUUCUACGCAAUUAAGUAUAAGAACGAAGCAAGUUCAUAUAUCUUACUUAAGUGGAGUUAAAAUAAUGGUUAAUUGUUGAGUGUUACUGAUAUCUCGCUUUUCCACCCAAAAUAUGAAUGAAAAACUGAACCAGCUUCCAUGGAACAUACCCAAAAUCAUUUGUUUUUUGCUGGUUUACUUGAAAUGUUUAGUGAUGGAAUUUGGGCCUGUUUUUAAUGAUGUAUUCCAUUGGAACCUGCGGUUUAUUAUGGAACUGAAAUUUGACGAUAUACCCAUAACUCAACCUCAUUAUACGCAAAAUGUUUAAGUAUUGACAACAGCAUGAAACAGUUGGUCAUGAUUUUGAUUAGUGUGGGUGUUGGUGUUCAAAGCAUAAACCAGAUCGUGCUCAAACACCUAAUAUCAGUUUCAUAUAAGAUUAAAAUCUCAUCACUAAUGUAUAACCCGGGGGUCACUGUCACUGCGUCCAAAAUCACGCAAUUUAAUGGGUUGGUUUGGCUAUGCACUCGCGUACAUCAAAAGGGUGUCAAAAUUGUCAAAAAUCUUUUACCAGCUAAAUAGUGCGUAUGGUGAGUGGAAAGGGUAUUAUUUUACCCUAUCAUGCCUAUCAUGAAAAUUGAAUAUUUGAGACAUUAUUUAGAGUGGGGAAAUAAGAAUUUGUUUCGGUUUGUCAAAGAUUCUCGGAAAAACAAUAUUUUAUUGGGGUCCAUUUUGGAAGUCCAUGGACGGGCUUCGUGCUCAAGUUGUAUUGACAGCCCCCCCCCCCUUCCCACCUCGGCAGGAUAUCUAAGCGCAUGCUGAACAUCAUCCCAGCUAAUUCACACCAACCCCCAUUACAUUGUAUACAAUUUGUAUGUUAGACAAGGGGCUAAUGUAAAAACACUAACAUUAAAAGGUGUUAGGUUUUCAACACAAUAAUUAACAUAAUUUUCAAUUGUUCACUGCAUGGCUGAUGAACAAGUUUACCUCUUUCAACAUAAAUACGUAUUUUUGAAUUAUGAACAUUUAGCCAGGGUAUAUCCGGAGGGUCUCAAAUGAAAUUUAUGAAUGACAUGCAUUUCGAUUCAUUGUACAUGUACUUCCAAAAGAAGAGAUGAUCACAAAAUAAUGUUUGAAAUAUCGCAUGCAUGUUGCAUGAUUUUUGAAAGCAUACGUAUGAACAUUACCACGUUGAACAAUAGUAUUACUCCAAAACCAACUCAAGCAGCCUUUCUUGCUAUUAUUGUUUUAGUUUAUAUUAAAAUUGUAUAGAUACAAGUCAUAAUAUCAUUAUGAUUAUUGGUCUAUCCAAGGAUAAGAGCCAUUGCUUAAAAAGGUGAUCCAAUUAUGCUUUUUCAGGGAGUAUAGUUACGAAAUGAUAUAGAUUAUUGUUCCUUUAACCUGUGUAAAUAAACAACGAUACUUCAAA